AUGACUUCGCCCCAGAAAAACGCCCCUCCUGCAAAGAGAGAAACUGGGCUAAGCUCGAACUCGAAAGCACAUGGAAGUAAAGAACAAGAAUGGCUGCGCCAGAGUGACGGAGAUGAACCGUGGAAGGGCUUUACGGCCGUGGCCACGGAUAGACAGAACUGGCAGAGUCAUGUUCCUUCAGCUCGAAGUCGUUCUCAGAGUUGGAGUACACAAGCAGAGGGUGGGUCUCAAGAAGAGUCAUCUACAGGAUAA